AUCUUUACAUUGUUUACAAAUUCAAUAAUUAUGUCAUACUCAAUAUAGAUAUGUCAUAUUGAGUGUAGCUAUUGGUAGAACACUACCCUAGAUUGACUGUAUAACUAGAUUAAUUAUUUUUUAAUACUUGCACUUUUAUGAACUUUGUUUUGGCACAGUAUGGACUUGGGUUCGGACUCAGCAUUUAAUAUAUUUCAAUUCAGACGGCGCUCGUCGGAUUGUGUAAUUACAAACGAAAGUCUUUACGACUUUACAGUCUUUACUUUCGUGUUUUGCUUGGGUUCUUCAACUUCUUCAGUUUCAUAUCUAUGGACUGCGUGCGUUGCUGUUGAUUUCCUGAUGUGGUGUUGAGCAGAUCAUACACGAAUCACGAGGCUCUGAUCAUGUUAAUACAAAGACUGUCAAGAGCAGUGCAUACCAGCGCGCGAAACAAUCCUCUGCUGGACCGCGUGCUGCGAGUGGAUCAUGCAGGAGAAGUGGGUGCUGAUAUGAUUUACGCUGGCCAACUAGCAGUCCUCGGGCGAACUUCCGUUGGUCCCGUUAUUCAAGAAAUGCGCGAGCAAGAGGUCCACCACCGAGAGACGUUUGAACGAUUGAUCCGCGAACACCGUGCCAGGCCGACAGCUUUGCUUCCCUUUUGGAAUGUUGCAGGUUUUGUUUUGGGAGCUGGAACGGCUCUACUGGGCCCCGAAGCGGCCAUGGCCUGUACGGUGGCCGUGGAGGAAACGAUUGGUAAUCAUUAUAAUAACCAGAUUCGCGACAUCAUGGAAAAAUAUCCUGGCCAAUUUAAGGAUCUCUUAAUGACCUUGAAAAAGUUUCGUGAUGAAGAACUGGAGCAUUUGGACACGGGACUGAAACAUGAUGCUGAGUUAGCGCCUGCAUAUAAAACUUUGAAAAAUUUUGUGCAAGUUGGUUGCAAAGCAGCAAUAUGGAUCUCCGAAAGGGUUUGACCUAAGCGCAAAUUUUGAUUUGUUUGGAAGUGAUUUUAACUAGUUUUGCACGACGGGUGUAAAAUCGUUUUGUACAUUUUACUUGGAGCACAACACAACUCACAAAUUCGGAGCUCAGCCAACGGAUUAAAAAUCUUGUGCAGUUAUACUUGAUUAAGUACAGUAUCACUCUGCAGAAAGGAUUUAAUGAAAAUUUGGAACUCUGCUUGCUCUUUAUGUUAAAAAAAGUAAUGGGAGAUGGAAAAUAGUAUACUGACCGAAAUGAAAGGCAUAUUGCUGAUGAAAGAUUAUUAAUUUUGAUUUAUUUGUGCCGCUGGAUAUAUGUCUGGACUAAUGAUCGCUACGCUCAUCCGGCACAUCUUCCUCGUCCUCCGUAUCCUCCUCCUCAUCAUCCACCACAACAAUACUUUCAAUCCAAAUGGACACCCCAUCGUCGUCCGGUCGCGAAAUCCACGCCUGCGCUACAUCCAGGAUUUCCAGGCCCUCCGUGACCUUCCCCACAACCAUAUUCCGUCCAUCCUUUUCCGGCUCCGGUCCCUUACAGAUCCACCAACGCGUGGGAUCCACCUUCCCAUCGCCCGUGGAACUGGUCGACUCCAGUGAAACGAUGCCGGCAUAGGCGUGCUUCAAGACGAAGUUCUCAAUGGGAAUGGCCGGAUGCGGUCGCACACUCUCGUAGUUUCCGUCAAAUUCCAGUUCGUUAACGGAGGGCGCCGGGCCCCAGUGCACGCGGAUGGUAUCGCGGCUCUUGGAACAGAUGUCCUGGAUGACGCGGCAGGCGUGCGGGGCAAUGUCGGUGCGGAAGACGAUGACAAUGCGGCCCAGGGUGUCUUCAUCGGUUUCGUUGGGUUUGUUGAUGCCGCGCCAAAGGUUCAGUUUAACAGUGAGGAGAUGGGGACGGGGAAGACGAGGGGCCAUUGUGUAGGGCAAUGGAGGCUUCUGGCUGGCCAGGAAAUGCCGGUACAGGUUGUUUUCUUCGAUUAUCGUCAGGAUACCGUCCUACAUAUAGAAACCGCAUUCAUUAUGGCAUUCAGUAAUGAUAGCAAAUUAAGUGAAUAACUGGAACGGUCUCCGAAAGUAAACGUGAAUAGCAAUUAAUUUAAGGGCGCCAUUAAACGGUCGAUAACGUUCUCUGCGAGGCACUGCAAUGACUGCAUUAUGUGAUUUUAAUGAUUUCGGAACUCAUGAAGAUACAGCGGGAGGACUACUAGGUCAGGACCUGCUUGCCGGAAAUCAAAGUUUGGCACUUAGCGUACUAGCAAUGAAUGAUUUAUUUUGUGGCAGCAACAUAAUGAAAUUUAGUAAGAAAUCUCGCCGUGGUUGUCAUAUUUGACCUGCGCAGGUCCAUCAGCGAUCUCGGUUGUCGUUAACAACGGAAAACGAACCAGACCGAUGCCGCGACCCAGUACUUCGCGUUUCCGGUCAGCCGUCACUUCACCGUGCAGUUUGCACUCUUCCACAGCCCAUCUGCAACAAAUUCACGGAAAGGAUUCCGUGCAAGUUUAUUAACAUUUUCGCGUAUGAAACGAAUCUGCAAAUUGCAGUCAGGUGUACAAUACUCGUACUGUAAUUUUACCAUUCAGCUUAACUGUUCCUGUCAGUUAAAUCAGUUUUGACAU